UUAUUUGGUGUGAUUCUUGUUUAGAAACGUUUUUUGAUUGAGCUUCGCGUCCGUCCAGAAUAAUGGAAGAGAAUAUUUAUGCCCGCCUCUGGAGGAAGUAAAAGGGGCGCGGAAAGAAGAAAAGCGUUCAUUCAUAAUAACGCAAUAAUCCUCACCCUCGCCAUUCCCCGGCCGCUCCGAGGACAAGGCUAUAAUCGUGUGCUGAAAAAACACGGCGGUGGCUUCCAGCUCCGGCAAGGAAGCAAGAGCCCGAAGAUGUCUUUCUGGGGUGUUGAAGUAAAGCCUGGAAAACCAUUCACUCACUACUUUGAUCGAACAGUUGGAAGGCUUCGAGUGUCCCAGGCGACAUUGGGCAUUGGAAGUAGAACAGCAAGGAGUUUGGUUCAGUGCAAUGUGGGGAACAAAUCUCCAGUGUUUCUGUGUGCUUUGUUGCCCAAUAAGAUAGAAUCUUGCCACUUGGAUUUGGAAUUUGAGGAGGCAGAUGAUGUCGUGUUCUCGGUUCUUGGACCGAGGAGUGUUCACCUGAGUGGUUACUACGUUUCGAAGAGUUCAUCUGCAAAUCGGAAUAGCGACACUGAGUCGUAUGGGGAGGAUAUCGCCAACACAGACACUGAGGCAUCUGAUCUGGGGAGUGAGAAUGAUGACUAUGGAGGUAGCUUUAUAGACGAUGAUGAUGAUGGGAAGGAGGUGGAGGACGAGGAGGGUGAACCCAAUGUUUUCCUGUCUUCACCUAUUUAUAGAAAUGGAAAUGCAGGAAACAAGAAAGGCAACCACAAAGGGCUCAAGAAGAAGAACCGUCAAGCAGUUGAGCCUGCAGAUAAUAUAAAUUCAGAAGAAAGGGGUGAUGAGAUGAACUCUACAAUGGCUGUAUUGAGAAAUAAAAAAUCUGCAAACAAAUGCAAUGUGAUUGAAUCUGAAGAUGACAACAAUGAACAAGAAAGUAAAGGAGGCAAAUCUUAUCUCCUGACUGCAUUUGGAAAUGAAAUUCCUGAAUGUGGGGAAACUGCCGAUAAGGUAACAGGUGAUGUCGCUGCUCCCUCCCAAAGUGGUGGUAGGGAUGAAGAUCAUAGAGGCGAAGAUGAUGUUCCUGUGGAAGUGACAAAUAUGAGCAACUCUUGCAAUGAUUGUCCUGAACCCGAUGCAAGGUCAACAAAGACUUCUGAUGAUGCAAAAGAUCAAGCGGUUGGUAUGAGCAUUCUGGAGAAUGUGUAUGCUGAUGAUAACACAGAGCAAUUCACUGAUCAUGACAUUUCCCAAGCUCUUAAAGGAACAAAAGAUGCUCAAAGUGCUGUAAGCGAUAUGAAUAUUGGUAAUCUUUCUGUUUCUCUUGACCACCUUGCUGAUGUACAAGUUGAAAAUCGUCAAAAAUUGAAGAGGAAAAAAGAUUUGGAGGGGGACCGGCUAGGGGAAUGCAAUGGCUCUGGACCUGGUGAUGCUGGUGAAGAGCUCAAGCAAGUUGUGGAAAAUGAUGAUCAUUAUACCUCUUUAGAUCUCUCUGCUUGUGAACAAGCUGAAAAUGGUCCAAAACUGAAGAAACAAAAAAAAGGGUCCAGAGAAGGGGAAUGGGAUGAUUGUCAAGCUUCUAGUCAUGUUGAUGGUGUUGUGGAGCUCAAGCAAGAUGUUAAAACAACAGAUAGGGGAAAUGAAUCAUUGCCAACAACUGAAGCAACUCAAGUGCUAACUACCAUCCAGUAGGGUUUUUGAGUUGCUCUAGCAUGAUCUUUGAAUUAUC